AUGGCACACAUAACCACAGAGCAGGAGCCGCACAAGCGGAAGAAGAUCGACACUGGGGAUACUGGAGGAGGAAGCGGCGGCGGUAGUACUAGCGCCGGUGCCGGCGGCAUUGGUGGUGUCUGUGGGGGAAAGCCGAUCCGUCUCAACACUCUCCCGCAGAUGGCGUCGUCACGUCCUCCACAUCCAGGCACGCCGGUAUCCACGCCGAUCAAUUAUUUCUCGCGGGCGAGCUACGAAAAGUUAAGGUUGGUGCAAGGCGAAGGGGACAUAUUCGGGCACCUGUUGAAGCUCUUAUCAGACUAUGAGGGAGUCCUAACCCGACAAGAAAGUCUCGCUUUCAACCUCGGAGCCAAACUCACCGGCCCCCGGCUCAUGAAAGCCGUCGAAAGCGCCUUCGAAGGCCCCAUUCUCACAUCCCCUCCCCAAACACCACAAACACUCCACCCCGUCCGCUGGUCCGACAUCAUCCACUAUGCGCGGUCCAACCCCGGUGGGUUCACGACGGCGAUGCUACCCGGCGGCGGGCGCGUGUGCCAGUUCCACCUGAAAGGGAUGCAGGUCGAGGUCAUGGAGGACGACUGGCGGCUCAUCGGCACGGGGGCCCUCGACGGCAUGAUACCCACGGCGCCUUUGGAGGAGGAUGAAGCGGCGGAGUUGGCGACGGUGGAUAUUGUGGAGGCGAGGCUUGAGGCUCUCGUGCGGACGGCGGAGGAGGUGGCGAGGAGGGCGAAGCAGCUUGUUUAUGCGCUUGGGGGGAGGAGGUCGGGUAUACUGGCGCAGAGGGGACAGCAACAACAACAGCAGCAGGCGUCCGCGGUCGCGGCAGGUGGGUUUCAGGCGGUGAAUAAUCGGAAGCGGAAGAAUAGCGUGCGUGGGUCCAGAGCUGGCAUCGGUGGCGACGUGUGUGACCUCCACGCGGAGCUCAUUCAGCAGUUCAACUCGCCCUCGCCUUCGCCCAACACGUUUGCGCGACCGAUGUACGGGAUCCAAACAGCGCCGGGGCCGAACCAUAUUGCCGUAUCGGCGGUAGCGACAGGAGGAGCGCCCGGAAAUCCGAACCCGGCGCCACCGAUCGGACAGCCGUAUCAUCCUAUGGCGAUUAGUCCGACGGCGAGAUUCGCGCCCAUCGCUCCCAGCGGACGUCUUCCCGCGCAACAACAACCGCCGGCAACGCCACGGAGAGACUCAGCGGCCGAAGACGCCGAGGCUUUGCAUCGGCCGCUGAUUACGAGCAUGAUCGAGACGCUGGGGAAGGGAGACGAGAUCACGCCGCCUUGCGAUAGGUGCAGACGGCUUCGGGCGGAGUGCGUCAAGCAUUUGACGGCUUGUCAAGGGUGUACUAAGAAACAUGCUAAGUGUACAUGGAAGACGGCGACGGAGGAGGAGAUUUCUGAGUUGAAAUUGAGGAGGGAGAUGAGGAGGCGGGCGGCGAAGAAGGCUGCUGAGGGCUCGGGUCAAGGUGUUGGUGGGACGGCUACGAAUGUUGGUCCUGGCACAGGAGGGGGAGGAGGUGCCGGUGUUAGUGCGAUGAUGAGGGGGAACGAGAGAAGUGAGAAUAAGCUACCGAGUAUUCAACAGCAACAACAACCGCAGCAGCAACCACCGCCUCCUCCUCCCGCAAGCCAACCCGUUUUACGCCAGGAUCUGGUCAGUAGGCUUGUUGUUGACGAGCAGGCCCCUCCCCAUAGAGCCCUGAUCGAAAGCGAGGACGCCGGGACGGCCCAUCACUCACCUCAGCACCACGGCCGAAAGACCUCGGGGUCCGGGAAUAGGGAGGAGACCCCCUCGUCGCGGAUGGAUAUCGAUUCCAUCACGACGCAGACGAGCCCUCCGCGGAAGAUGCUUCCAACAGGAUUACCACGGGAUCCGAACUUUUUGAGUACGCCGGUCAAGGAGAUGGAGAUGAAGGAGGUGCAGGUUGGGGUGCUGCCGCUACCGAGCCCCGUGGCUGCUGCUCAUGGAGUGCACCCAUGA